UUGCUGUCCCACCGUGACAAUCAGCUCUAACUAGUGAGCAGAUCAGUGUUUCGGUCUCUAGCUUGGGCCACAUCACGAACAAGAUUCAAGUAGGUUGCUCAUCAUGUUUGUACCUCAUCGAGGCAUCUGUCGUGUACGUGAUUUGUGUGCAACUUGUUUUUUGGGUGUUUUGUAGGAUUCGGCAAUGGAAAGCUGGAGGAGGAGGAGGAGGAGGUAGAGGAGGUUAAUGGGGUGCGUGAAUCCGAACCCUGCAGGGUUGGGGUGUUAAUACACGGACUGCUACUUGUGGGAGGAAUUAGGUUACUCCUCAUCAUCACCUCCGAUCAUGAAAAUCUGCUGAAAUCGCUGGCAACGUGAGGGCUGUGGCGCUUGUGCAUCAGAGUUGAGCCAUACAUUUCACUAGAUUGAUCCCCAGGCAUGGGUGAAGGUGCGCAGCAGGCUGGCCAAGCGGGUCAGAUUGAAUCUGAACAGACUGCAGGCGGUGUUGGAAAUGGCAGUGUUGUUUUCGAGUUGAGAUAAUGUCUAACUUGUUGUCUCAAGGAAGCUCAUCACCAUCAUGUAAACCUCCUUGAACAACUAGCGAAUUGGAAACCGUGGACAUACCAGGAUUCUGGUCAUGGGCUUAUUGAGAACGUAGUAUAGUUUGUUAUUUUUAUUUUUAUUUUUUUUGCUAUCGUUUCAUUUCUCAGAUCUACCAAUUUUUCGGAUACAAGCGUUAGAAACCUUCCAGUGGAUGUACCAAAAUUGGAUGUGCAAUGGUGUUGACAGAUUGAGAUUCUGCACAUUUGGUAGAGUUCGAUCGCCUACUCCUCAGGUAUGCCGACAGGAGAAGUGGAAGCCAUCUUCACCUUCCUUUGAACAUUUCACAAAGCCGAGGUCGACGGCUCGAGCACUUCCAAAUCUCGACGCGGAGGUCGCCAUAGUCACGUAACCAUGGGAGCUGUUGAUUCGAACGUGGAUGCCAAUGGCGCGCAAGGGAACAUGAACAAGGUCGAAGCGGUGAAUUCCGAAAGAGGAACUGUCACAUCCGUAUCAGAUCGAAAGAACAUUUUGUCUCGCUUCUCAUUCCAGAAGAAACGGAAGCUGAAAAAGUAUUGCAUAUGGUGCGGGAUCCCGGUCCUCACGUUGGCGAUCGUCAUCCUGACUCUAACCCAGACGAUCUUCAAGUUCCGAGAUCCAGAUAUCACUCUUUCAGACGUGUGCUUCUCCGGCGUGACAAUCGACUACUCUAGACCCCUCAGCCCUUCCUCUGUCAACGCUUCAUUGUCAGCAAACAUGAACGUGUACAACCCAAACCACUACAACUUCAAAUUCAUCAACAGCACCAUUCACGUGGUCUACCAUGACGUGAUGGUGGGGAGAAUUUCUAUGCCAGGAGGCGAGCUCCGCGCUGGCAAAUCCUGCGCUCUGCAGGCGCUCGUCACUGUUGGAUCCCUGAAGCUAGGCAGCUCGAUGGGCAACUUGUACCUCGACUUCGAGAAGAACCAGCUGCCAUUCGCCAUGAGCGUCAACAUACCAGGCCGCGUCAAUGUCGCCCACAUCUUCAAGCACAACGUGGUGCUUGAAUAUCACUGCGACGUUGUCUUCUGGGUUGGAAACUCGACCCUAAAGGACUACCAUUGCUGGAGGAAGGUCCACAUGUGACUAACUAGUUACUCAUUACCCAACAGCUACGAUGAAAAUGCACGAUUCCAUUCUAGAUAGUGAUUCUGUAAGUGGCUCAUUCAUGGCAUGUUUGUCCAUGAUUAAUAUCACCGACUACGUCCAAUAACUGAGUUACGGAGCGGGGACCUCGACAUCGAAGCAAUUUUCUCCAAAAACACUGUGAUUUCGCUUAGCUGUACUCAAAAAAUACAUCAAAGAACUUAGCAAUGGAUCAAUCGGAGCUUCAGAAGUUGAGUCAUGUGUCGGAUGUGGGAACUUGAAUGGCCCAAUUCUUCGGUGGCGAACUUCGACGUGGAACUUCCAGUAUCCUUAAAAUCUGAUUCUGAACCAGCACGUAAUCAGUGCAUCAUCGGUGCUGAAACUCUUGUGUGAUUCACGUCAUUCCUAGCUCGCAGGUUGAAUCAGGUUGCGGACAUGCUUCGCUCCAUCACGUGGAAUGCUCUUGGAAUGGACCAUAAUUUUUGCGCCGCGUUCCAGGCGAGAAGCCUUUUCGGCGUUGUGGGCUCCUGGGUCGUGUGAUCUGUGUGGUGACCAGAAGGACAGAUUUCAUUAUCUGGUAGAUGAUGUUACAUGUAGAUAAUUUCCGUUACUGUUUCAUGUUCAUGCAAACUGCACAGGUCCUGAAGACACAAAUAUAUUUACUAUAUUUACUAUUUUAAUGAAGAGUUUGAUUCGAGAAUUGUUAA